AUGACGUUAUGGGACUUUGAGCCAAAGAUAAGGUACGCCGAAGGCCGAGAACAUGGAUUGAUUCGCUGGAGCCUGGGUUACAAGGUCGUUUAUCCCGCUCCUGGACAGGCGAAUGCUUUGGCGAAGCACGAGGAUGUCUGGGAUUUUGCGCAGGAACAGUUCAAGGAAGUCAAGAUUCAAGGCAGUCAAGGGUCCAACUACGUCAUCUUCUUUGCGAGCAUCACCUGA